AACCCACCUAAACCCUCUGCUUUUUCAUUUGCCCUGGUACUUCACUCCUAUUCUCCAAGUCUUGAAAGCCACCAAAACCCAAGAGCUCAAGCUUGUUAAUUCUUGAAGUAGGCAUAAAGUGCUUUCUGGGUUCUUUUCUUUUUGAAGUUUUCCGUGUUCUUUUAUAGAGAUUUUGGUGAUAUUUUUGGGUAGGGAGAGGAAAGGAAUGGGGAAACUAGGAAAGAAAGCAAGGAAGUUUGCAAAGAAGAAUUUACAGUCAGUGCUUAAAAGGCAGAGGAAGGUCAAGUCUUUCUUCAAAAAGAAAGCUUCUAAAAGAGAUGAGAGAGCUCAAGCUGAAGAUUCCGAUGGAGAAAGAGAAGAAAAGUAUAGUGGAAGAAACAAUGAAGUUGAAGAUUUUAAGGAUAUUUCCCUUGAUACCGUAUUUGGUGAAGAUGAUAGUGAUAUGGAUGGGGAUGAUUCAGAUAGUGACGGAUAUUUAUCUGAGGAUACAAGUUGUUCAUAUAAUGGUGAAACUAGAAUUGAGAAUCAUCUGGAAGAGUACAAUGGUGGUGGUGAUUUAUCGGUGCAGAACAAGGAAAUUCAUUUAGAACUGGCAAAGAAAAUGAAAAGGCUGAACAACUUGAAAGCCAAGGAUCCAGAAUUUGCCAAGUUUUUGGAAAGCAACAAGGAACAUCUGCAGACAUUAAGGGAUGAGGAAAAUCAGUAUUCAGAUGAAGAAGAGUCUGAUGAGGAUGGCAGGGAGUCCACAAAUAAAAUGGGGAAUUUGAGUAGCUCUACUGUUGAUUCUUUGUGUGAAGUAGUCAAGGAGCAGAAUAAUGUUCCUGCUUUUGUAAGGCUAUUAAACGGGUACAGGGCUGCCUGCCACUAUGGAUCUGAAUCACCCACCAUUGUUGAAGAAAGCGACACUUUUUGCAAGAUCUUGACAUUCAUGCUUCACGAGGCUGAUAAUAUAUUUCGUAAAAUUCUGGGAAUAUCAGGCUCCAAUGAUAGGAAAGAGGCCAUCUUGGAACUGAAGAAUACUUCCAAAUGGAAAACUUUGAAGCCAGCAGUCAAGUCUUACUUGAGAAGUACCCUGUUUCUCCUAAAUGAGGUUACUGACUCUCAGAUAUUAGCCUUCGCCUUAACCAGACUCAAAGCUUCUAUAGUAUUUUUUGCUGCCUUUCCUCCUUUACUAGGCAGACUCAUCAAGAUAUCAGUUCAUUUAUGGGCAACGGGCAAAGGAACUCUAUCAGCAUGCUCACUUCUCAUCAUCAAAGAUGUGGCUGUUGUGUUUAACUCAAAUUGCUUUGAAACCUGCAUGAUUAAAGCGUACAAGGCUUUUAUUGACCACUGCAAGUUUGUGGAGCCAGUUCUGUUUAAGCAUCAACAAUUUCUGAAAAGCUCCUUCAUCGAGCUAUGCUCUCAAGAUCUGCAGAAAGCUUAUAGCAAGGCAAUGGUUUCUACCCAGCAACUUGCCAAGAUAUUGCAGCUUGGUUUACGAACUAAGAAGGAAGCAGUAAAGAAGAUAUGCAGUUGGCAGUAUGCUAACUGUGUAGAUCUGUGGGUUGCAUUUAUUUCUUUGAAUAUACAUGAUUAUGAUCUGCAGCCUCUGCUUUAUACGAUAAUUCAGAUCAUAAAUGGAGUAGCUGUCCUGUUUCCAGGACCAAGAUACAUGCCUUUAAGAGUUAAAUGCAUCCAAUGGUUGAAUACUCUCUCUGAAUCUAGUGGAGUUUUCAUCCCAAUUACAUCAUUAGUGCUGGAUAUUUUGGAAUAUAAAAUAGGCAAGGAGAGUUUGAAACCUGGAAAGGACUUCAGCUUUUCAUCUGCGGUCAAGUUGCCAAAGCAUUGGCUAAAAUCUCGAAACUUCCAGGACGAGUGUGUUUUUUCAGCCAUUGAGCUGUUGGCGGUGCACUUUGCUCAAUGGAGUUAUCACAUAUCAUUUCCUGAUCUUGCAACCAUUCCACUCAUCUAUUUGAGGAAAUUCCAUGAGACGACUACUGUUGAGAGUUUACGGCGUGUGGUGAAGCGUUUUAUUGAUCAGGUAGAGCAGAACAUUGAGUUUGUCCGGAAGAAGAGAGAUGAGGUUACUUUUUCUCCGAAUGAUCAGCAAUCUGUUGAAUCAUUUCUUCAGCUUGAAAAGUGCGGAGGCAAUGCUCCAUUUACAAAAUAUUACACAAGUGUAAUUGAAAAGGCUGGUUCCAGAAAUCUGCUUAUGAAUGGAAAAAUAAGCUCCCUGGAGCAGAAGAAAUCAAAAGGAAAGAGGCAACAAACUCCAAAGAACGCAAUGAAUGUGGAUUUGGCUGUUAAUGCUGAAGGAAAUUCACAUUAAAUUAGAACUAUUUCGAUGUGAUAAACAGUGGAGAGAAAUGGAAGAACUUCAGCUUUCCUACCACCAUGUUUGAUGUUUGUAAGAUCAUAAAAACUUCAAUUACAGUGUCUUACAGCAAAUUUGAACCGCGUCUUAUUUAGCCAUAAAAGACAUUCUGAUCUUCAAACAGGGUUCAAGUUCAUUUUUGUUUAGAUUGUAAGAUGUUAGGUCUGACGAAUCCUCGGUGAAUCUUGUUCAUCAUAUUUACGAGAAGAAAACUAAAUUAAGUUUUGGGUUAA